UGCAUAUGGUUUCUUAGGCUUUUUGCCUGUCACGCCUUCUUUUAGUAUCUGAACACUUUACACAUUUCACAUUUCUGACGUUUCCAUAAAAGGGUCGGAAGUAAAGGCGGAAACACGUAUUUAUGUUGUGAAAUGUUAUUGGCUGCUGCCGGCUCGUUUUGAAAAAGUCCUCCGAUUAGAGGCGGAGGGAAAGUUCAAAAUUGUAGGAACAGGGACGGUAAAACACCAACCACGUACAAUGAACAGACAAGGGAAGGGUAAAACCCCCCGCAGGCCUCCUAAAAAGCCUUCCAGCAACCAAAAAGACCCGGUUGGGGUGUACUGCCGUGUACGACCUCUGGGUGUGGAGGACGAGGAGUGCUGCAUUGAGGUAAUCAGCAGCACCACCAUCCAGCUGCACGCGCCUGAAGGUUUCAAAACAAACCGCAAUGGAGAGUAUAAAGAGACACAAUAUUCCUUCAAAAAAGUAUUUGGAGUGUCAAUAUCUCAGAUGGAGCUAUUUGAGCAUGUGGCCAAACCUCUUGUUGAUGACCUCAUUCAUGGAAAAAAUGGUCUGCUCUUCACGUACGGGGUGACAGGAAGUGGAAAGACAUUCACUAUGACUGGCUCUCCCGGCCAGGGUGGACUUCUACCUCGCUCUCUUGACAUGAUCUUCAACAGUAUAGGACCCUACCAGGCCAAAAGAUAUGUUUUCAAGGCUGAUGACAAAAACGGUAUGGAGGUCCAGAAUGAAGUUGAUGCUUUGCUGGAGCGCCAAAGGCGGGAAAACAACUCAUCUGUUUCUAAAUCAUCAUCAGCACCCUCCUCCAGACAAAAGCUUGAUCCUGAAAUUGCUGACAUGAUUAAGUCUGAGGAGGCGUAUAAAACCGAAGGUGUAGAUGAGGACAGCAGCUACAGUGUCUUCGUCUCCUACAUAGAAAUCUACAACAACUACAUCUAUGACCUUCUGGAGGAAAAUCAAGAGGAUGCAAUCAAACCAAAGUGGAAUGGUGGAGGCACACCUGUGCGCCAGAACACUGAGUUCAUACCGCCUCAAUCUAAAACCCUCAGAGAGGAUCAGAACCACAACAUGUAUGUGGCUGGUUGUAUGGAAGUCGAAGUCAAGUCUGCUGAGGAGGCAUUUCAAGUGUUCUGGAGAGGUCAGAAGAAGAGGAAAGUUGCAAACACCCGCCUGAACAGAGAGUCCAGUCGCUCCCACAGUGUGCUCAUUGUUAAAUUGGCUCAGGCUCCUUUGGAUGCAGAUGGCGACAACAUUCUCCAGGAUAAAAACCAGGUGACUGUUAGUCAGCUGUGCCUGGUGGACUUGGCAGGAAGUGAGCGCACCGGUAGGACAGGGGCAGAAGGCACCCGUAUACGUGAAGCAGGUAACAUCAAUCAGUCUCUGCUGAAUCUGCGGACGUGCAUCGAGAUACUUCGAGAGAACCAGAUCUGUGGCACAAACAGGAUGGUCCCCUACAGAGACUCUAAAGUAACCCAUUUGUUCAAGAACUACUUUGACGGAGAGGGGAAAGUGAGAAUGGUUGUCUGCGUCAAUCCCAAGGCUGAUGACUAUGAGGAAACAUUGCUGGUGAUGCGUUUUGCGGAGAUGACCCAGGAGGUGGAAGUGGCUCGGCCAGUAGACAGGCCAAUAUGUGGAUUCACCCCGGGCCGUCGCCAUAGAAACCAGGCAUUUAAAGAGGAACUGUCUCGCAAGCUGGACGAGCGUGGUGGUCCGAUAGACGGAGAUGGGCACUCUGUUAUAAACUCAAUUGCACACUGCCUCCCGGCUCUACCCUCCUCCGAGCUGACCGACCCAAACGAUGACAUCACCCUGCCCAGGCUGAUCGAAGCUCUGCGCAACAGACACAGGAUCAGGCAGAUGAUGAUUGAUGACUACAACAAUGCAGCCAACAGGAUGAAGUCCAUGCUUCAGGAACUGGACAACAACCUCAUUUCUAAAGAAAAUUUAAUUCAUGAACAAAAUAGCAAACUGGUUGAGAAGGACAAAAUCAUCCAGAAUAACAAGGCAGUUAUUGAGCGAUUGGAAAAUAGAACCAAGACGCAAGAACACAAGAUUGACAUCCUGCAGAAAACUACUAAAAUCUAUGAGGACGACCAGCGUACACUGAAGUACGAACUGGAAACCAGAGAGCAGAGGCUGCAGAGGGAGCAGUCUGACAAGAGGCGCUUGGAACAGCGCAUGCAAGGCAUGGUCACAGACACCCAGUACAAGUGGGAGAAAGAAUGUGACCGACGUGUGAAUGCAAUGCAGCUGGAAAUGCAAAACAAGCUCUGGGUGAAAGACGAGAAGCUGAAGCAGCUUAAGGCCAUUGUGACGGAGAGCAAGACUCCUGGUCGUCCUGAUCCUCCACCACGUCAGACGCAACGUCAACCUCGGAGUCAGACUCCGCGUCAGCCUCAGACGCAGCCUCAGACGCAGCCUCAGACGCAGCCUCAGACGCAGCCUCAGUGGCCUUCCAGAGAGGAACGCCUCCCUGCAAAGAGAUCGGCCUCGCCCUCACCUGUCCCUUGGCCUGUUGAUUCUCCCCAUGUCAGGCCAGGGCCAGUCAGUGCCACUAGAGUUGAGGAGGUUGAGAUGAACCCAAGGCCAUCCUGCCCCGUCCCCAGCACCAGUAACUCUUUGUCUGUGGCUAACUGCGUCUCACCUUGGGACCAUCAGGUGGCCCAGGACAGCAGGCAGGGUUACCAUUCCCCUAGUACAUCCACAAGAACCCAGUCCCCAGCUAGCUCCUCAGCCAGCCGGGCCAGGAGGAGAGCUGUGUGUUGGGCUGGAGGGGAAGAAGAGGACAACUCUCCUACAGUUGAUCUAGACAUAAUUGAGAGAAGCUACAGGACCACGACGCCAGUGCGACCGCUGCACCGUCGCUCCCGCUCCGCUGGCGGGGAGAAAUGGGUGGACCACAAGCCCUCCUCCAGCUUGGACUUGGGUACAGUUUUGCAGCCUGUCAUUCCCAAUUCCAUCCAGGUGUCUACACCGAGUGAGAAGGCCCUGUCAAAGUGUGAUAGAUACGUGUUAACGCACCAGGAGGUUGCCUCUGAUGGCGAGAUCCAGACCCAACUUAUUAAGGGGGAGGUGAUUAAAACCAGAGGAGGAGGACAGGCUGUCCAGUUCACUGACAUCGAAACAUUGAAACAAGAGCUCACCAAAGUCCCAAGGCGCAAAAGAAAAUCUUCGGAAGGCACACCUGCCAAUGGAGACAACACAGAUGGAGCUUGGACUGAUGUGGAGACAAGGUGUUCUGCGGCGGUGGAGAUGAGGGCUGGAUCAAACCUGGGUCCUGGCUAUGAGCAUCACGCGAUUACCAAGCGCAGAAAACCCUAAAAAGCAGCUGACAGCUGCUCCAGUGAUCACUCCCCUCACCUGGCUGUUGUGCAAUAGUCUGAACUUUUUUUAUAUUUAGCUCUAGUGACCAUAUUUAAACAUUUUCCAAGCUUUUAUAUAUGCAGUGUAUAUACUUGUCACCAAAGCUGUUUUGUAAAAAUAUUUUAUGUUGUAUUUGAACCAAUAGAAGGCAAGUGUUAUGUAAGUCAGUAAUGGAUGGUGGCACAUAUUACUGUGGCGCUGCUGCUGAAAAGAGUCUGUUUGCACAUUUGUGUGUAACCUAGUCACAUCUGUUGCUUGGCACAAGAGAAGUCAUUAUGAAGCUUCCACAAUGUUGAUUUGUCUGCUACAUACUGUUCCUGUCUCUUAAAUGGCGAAUUAUAGUUUGAAUUUUUGAAUUUCUGUUUUUAUAAAAUUCUGCCACUGAUGGAACUAAAUGCUUCUGUCUUCACUGUACACUAAGGAUUAAAAUUCCUUUGAUGGACCA